AUGCCAGACUCGGAGAUCGACCUUGACGAGCAGGUGGCUAUGGAUCAGAGUGAUCACGCUGAGGAUUUCGAGCAGAUGCCAGAGAGCAUGGGAGAGGAGAAGGGGUCAAGUGCUGAGCCAGAGGAGGAACUUCCAGAGGUGACAGGCGAUCCCUGGAACGAGGUUGACCCGUCUGAUGACGACCUCAGGUUCCGGAGAUUUACUGUGAGGGCGAGGCGACAGUUCAAGUAUCCUUAUGGUGGUAUCUACCAGGGACUAAGGGCUUACAUGGAGAUUUCACCAGGCAACGAAACCAUUACAUUUUUUCAUGAUUCACGGGGGGAGUUGCAUGUUUGUGUUAAAAAUGACAAAAAUGUGGGCUCUUUUGGAGUUUUCUAUGGUGACAGUCCAUUCAAUUUUGUGCUUCCUGCAACGAUAUGCCAACUCUUCAUCAUCAUCUUAACCACUCGGCUGCUCUACUUUCUUCUCAGGCCUCUAAGAACACCCAAAUUCAUCUGCAAUAUACUCGGUGGAAUUGUUUUGGGGCCCUCAUUUCUCGGGAGCAACACAACUUUGAUGGAGUCAAUUUUUCCUGCCAGACAAUCUCAAUUUCUAGCCCUCGUGUCCUUGAUCGGUGUUUCAUAUUUUGUCUUCUUGGUGGGACUAAAAAUGGACAUAUUGAUGACAAUGAGAGCAGCCAAAAGCACAUGGCGACUUGGAGUAAUACCUUUCCUUGCUUCUUUUGCGGUUUUGACAAUACUCUUAGACCAUUGCUACAACACACAAAACUUAUCUCAUUUCAGAUUACAAAUUUCUCGUGUCUUUUUAAGUGCUUCCAUGUCCGCCACUAAUUUCCCUGUCAUGGUCGAAGCCUUGUCUGAGCUUAAUCUCAUAGCCACAGAACUGGGGCAGAUAGCUAUAUCUUCAUCCAUGAUGAAUGAUAACAUACAUUGGUCAUUUAUUCUGAUCAAUCAGAUCAUGUCAGCAAAUAAUAUGAAAAUCUCAAUCAUGUAUUUUUCCGGCGGGGUACUGUUCUUAUCUUUUAGCAUUUUUGUGGUACGACCGUCCAUGAAACUGAUUGUUCGCAAAACCCCAGUUGGGAAACCAGUGAAGGAAAUUUAUGUGGUGUUCAUACUUCUAGGGGUGUUAGUGAUGGCAGCUAUUAGUGACAUGGUUUUCGUGUCAUUUAUAAUGGGACCACUCAUUUAUGGUUUGGUCAUACCAAGUGGCCCCCCAUUGGCUACAACGUUGGUGGAAAAGAGUGAAGUUGUGAUGAAGGAGUUUUUCUUGCCUUUCUUCUUUAUAUCUAUCGGUGUCAAGACAAACUUGUCUGCUCUCCAGAAUUGGCACGGGUUUUUAAUGUUACAAGGUAUCUUUUUGGCAGGAGACUUGACUAAGGUAGUCGUGUGUGUGUUAGUUUCUAUAACGUACAACAUCAGGGCUAGACAUGGAAUGACUCUUGGCCUCAUGUUAAACUUCAAGGGCAUAACCCAACUUAUAGCUAUUGUUAGAAUGACGCAACUCAAGUUGACAGAUGAGGAAACCUUCAGUCACGUCGUGUUGGGUGUGGUAGUUACUACAACGAUUUUCACACUCUUUGUUAGAUUAUUAUACAAGCAUUGCCCUAGAGUGAUAAACACAUCCAACAUAUUACAUAAGGGUGAGAUGCUAACAAUCCAAAGUACUCCUAGAUAUUCAGAGCUUCGAAUUGUUACCUGUGUGCACAAUGAAGGAAAUGUGCGUGGUAUUACUUCCCUGCUUGAAGCAUGCAACCCUGUACUAAAAAGCCCUUUAUGUGUGUACGUGAUUCAUCUAGUAGAGCUAUUGGGAAAAAGUACACCCAUUCUCCUUCCCAUAAACAACACUCAGAAUCGAAAUUUUUUGUCUGUUAAUUACCCUGAUACCAACCACAUCAUGCGUGCCUUCAAGAACUACUUCAAAAACUCAAGCGCUCUCGUCACUCUUAUUCCAUUUGUGAACGUGGCACCUUAUAAGAACAUGCAUAAUGCAGUGUUUGACCUUUCACAAGACAAAAUGGUACCUCUCAUCAUCAUCCCUUUUUACGAAAAUGACCACAUUGACCUUGAUGGCCAUGUGGCCAUCGGGAUUCGUAAAAUGAAUGCCACAUUUCAAGCGCACGUGCCUUGCACACUAGGGAUCCUUGUGGACAGGUUCUCAAGGCUUGGUGGGAACAACGACCCUCAUUGCAAGCAGUAUUUCCAUGUGGGCAUAUUCUUCAUAGGGGGACCUGAUGAUAGGGAAGCGUUAUCGUUGGGUAUUCGAAUGUCGGAGCGAAUGCGUACAAGGGUAUCUUUGUUCCGGUUUGUUGUGACGAAUAAGAAACAAUUUGUGGAAGAGGAUAAUGUGGAGGACAUGUUGGACGAGGGUUUGAUUGAUGAGUAUAAGGGGACAAGAUUUAGAGGUGGGAAUGUUUCAUGGUAUGAGAUCAUGGUGGAGAAUGGAGCGGAAGUGUUGGAUGCAAUUCGUAGUUUGGAAGGGAGAUACGAUCUUGUGAUGGUGGGGAGGAGACAUAACAUUGUUGGAUGUUUGAAUGAUUAUGAAAUGGCAAUAUUCAUAGAGAAUGCUGAGAUUUUGGGAAUGCUUGGGGACAUGUUGUCGUCAACAGAGUUUUGUAUUGGAAUGGUUCCUGUUUUGGUGACACAGUGUGGUGCAGAUAGGGUACAUAAUCUUGAUAGAGUAGGUUCAGUUAAUAAUAUGUCUAAUAAACGUAUAUCGCUUGAUCAAUAA